GCAAUGAAGAGGCCGAUUCUAUUGGCCUUGCUGUUGUUGGCACUCCACGUCGAAGACUCGGUAUCUGACGAACAUACUCACAUAUACAACGAUGCUGAGGAAGUCGUGCUCUGGAUGAACACGGUGGGCCCGUAUGCGAAUCCAGAAGAAACAUACGCAUACUUCUCGUUGCCCUUCUGUCCCGGCCAGAAGACUCGCAUCGGGCACUACCAUGAAACUUUGGGAGAAAAUUUGUUGGGAGUUGAACUCCAGUUCCUUGGAGUCGACAUCAAGUUCAAAACGAAACAGCCCAAAGAAGUAUACUGCAAAGUAGAGUUGACCAAGGAGAAUCUUCAAGCAUUUGUGUACGCCGUGAAGAAUUCCUAUUGGUACCAAAUGUAUGUCGACGAUCUUCCCGUAUGGGGAAUGGUUGGCAAGACGGACCCAACGGAGAAUGCCUUCUUCAUUUGGACCCACAAGAAGCUCGAGUUCGGUUACAAUGGCGAUCGCAUCGUGUACGUGAACCUGACUUCCGAAGGUCUGGAGAAACUCGAAUUCGGAAAAUCUAUACCGUUCUCGUACGAAGUCGAUUGGAAGCCUUCGACCGUGAAUUUCAAGGACCGCUUCGACAAGUAUCUCGACCCAACUUUCUACCAACAUAGGAUCCACUGGUUCUCGAUAUUCAACUCGUUCAUGAUGGUGAUAUUCCUCAUCGGACUCGUCACGAUGAUACUCAUGAGGACCCUCCGCAAAGAUUACGCGCGGUACUCGAAAGACGAAGAAAUGGAUGAUAUGGAGCGCGACCUCGGAGACGAAUACGGCUGGAAGCAAGUUCACGGGGACGUGUUCAGAGCACCGAGUUAUCCCCUUAUCUUCACCGCCGCCGUCGGAUCCGGAUGUCAACUUGUCGCAGUAGCCCUGAUUGUCAUAAUUUUCGCGAUCAUGGGGGAACUAUAUACCGAAAGGGGAUCACUCUUAUCUACGGCCAUCUUCGCAUACGCGGCCACUUCGCCAGUCAACGGGUACUUCGGGGGUAGUUUGUAUGGAAAAAUGCAGGGCAAGCAGUGGCUCCGACAAAUGUUAGUUUCCGCUAUGGCUCUCCCGACCGCUGUGUGUUCCAUCGCAUUUGCAAUAAACUUAAUCGCCAUCUAUUAUCACGCAACGAGGGCCAUUCCAUUUGGCUCCAUGGUUGCCGUCGUGUCAAUAUGUUUAUUCAUCGUGCUACCUUUAACUCUAGUGGGGACGAUACUCGGCAGGAACCUGGGUGGCUUACCUCAGUAUCCUUGUCGGGUCAAUGCAGUGCCGAGACCCAUCCCGGAGAAGAGGUGGUUCAUGGAGCCCCCUGUGAUAAUCGCAUUGGGAGGGGUCCUUCCAUUCGGAUCCAUCUUCAUCGAGAUGUAUUUCAUCCUGACGUCAUUCUGGGCCUACAAGAUCUACUACGUCUACGGAUUCCUUCUACUGGUAUUCAUCAUCCUUUGCAUUGUAGUUGCGUGCGUAACAAUCGUCUGCACUUACUUCUUAUUGAAUGCCGAGGACUAUCGCUGGCAGUGGACAUCACUGCUGGCGGGAGCGUCAACUUCCGGUUAUGUGUAUCUUUAUUCGUUCUACUACUUUUUCUUCAAGACCAGAAUGUUCGGUCUAUUCCAAACGAGUGUUUACUUCGGCUACAUGGCCUUGUUCAGCUUAGGAAUUGGUCUGAUAUGCGGUACGGUGGGUUAUUUAGCAACAAGUGUCUUUGUUCGCAAGAUCUACUCGACUGUGAAAAUCGACUAGAAGUCUCAGUGACCACUGGAACACCGCCACAACCACCGCCAGAUGAUCAAGAUAACAGACGAAGUUCCAUGAAUGGAAGAUCCUGACGGUGUUCUGAACGGAAUGUCUGCUUCUUUCACGCGGGCUUGGGAUGUUAUUCCAUUCCAACUGUGAAUGCUGACUCCGUGUAUUCCGAUCACAAUGAUUUAUCCAGAAGUGAGAGGUGGGGCAGGCUCCUCGAGAGAAAGAUUCGGAGUCCGCCCUCAAUCUAGCGAGAAGAUCCUAUCGAGGGUAAUUCGUGAAACUUGUUAUAUCACAGCGGACCGCUACGCACCGUCACCAAUGGAUGCCGUUGAAGGCAACUCAGUCAAGUGUACAUAAUUACAUACAUGAUUUUACAAAUGAAGGUACAAUUGAUGAAUCGCUAGAGCGAGCGUAGGAGUGCAUAUAGGGGCAAGCUUCGAUCAAGAUCCUAUUCCUUAGGUAAAGACUCCGAUGAAGAUAUGAAUCGAAUGGAAGAGUAAUGAUUUGAUGAUGAGUUUUAUGCGUGGAAGAAUAAAA